AUGGGUGAGCGGUCCGUGUGCCGCCAGCGGCUGCUGGCGGCGUUGCCCGACUUCGAGGUGGCGGAGUUCGCCUUGGACCCCGAGGACUUCGGCCUUCCAAACCGGCGGCCCCGGUACUACGGCCUCUUCCGCUCGGCCUCCCAGCGCCCAGAAACGGCGCCGGGCUGCGCGUGGCUGCCGGUGGCCCACGCCUUGGAGGGGGAGCCCUUCUUGCAGGGCUGGCGAGCUGUCGAGCCAGCGGAGCUGGGGGACUUCCUGCAGGAUGCUGCGGCCUUAGCACAGGAGGAGGCGAUCUUGGGGUCUUUGGAGGUGCCGCAGGAGGUGAUGCGAACCCGCCAGCAGAAGGACCAGCGGUACGACCUCCACCGGCGCUGCGACCGGUGCAGCGCCUGCCUCACCAAGGCCAAUGGGCGUCUGCCCUUUGGGCACUCCCCACUGGUGCUGGUGGAUGAGUCGGACGCCGCCUCGCUGGAGCAGCGCCCCAAGCUCUCGGCGCAGGGGGAGGGCGCCGGCAGCGCCACGGACCACCUCUGGCGCGAGGACCUGCGGGUCCGCUACCUGUCGCCGGUGGAGCAGCUGAGGCUCCUGGGAUUCCCGGAGAGCUACAGCUUCCCAUCCAGCCUGGGCUUUAAGGACCGCUGCGCGUUGAUCGGCAACUCUCUGAACGUCCAGGUGGUCACAUCCCUGCUGCCGCUGCUUUUCUUGCCGGCCGCUGGCGCGGCCGACGAAAAGGCUUGA